GUACAAUAAUCUUUAUGGCUGCAGGACAACUGUUCCAGGUUCAUCACUCCACUAUUAGAGAGAGAUUACCUCUCACCAAUGUAUGCUCUGGAAUUUACCUUUGGCUUCAUUGGAAACCUAGUGGUGGUCCUAGGCUAUAUCUUUUGCCUUCCUGCUUGGAAGUCCACAAAUGUGUACCUGUUUAACCUGUCUGUGUCUGACCUCAUCUUCCUGUGCACUUUACCCGAGCUGUCCUACAACUACGCUCACAACCUGAAGAAAUUCAAUUCUGCACUAUGCAUGAUUAAUCGCUACAUUCUCCAUGUGAACUUGUACUCUAGCAUCCUUUUCAUGAUGUGGGUAAGUGUGGACCGGUUCUUGUUGCUGUGUCACCCACAGCGAGAACACAUCCUGUUGACUCUCAAGGCUGCAUUAUGCAUCACCAUCCUGAACUGGAUCUGGGUGAAUGCUCAAAUCGCUCCCCUCAUUGUCUUCAUUAUUCAGGACUUGGAGGAAAAUGGCUGGACAGUGUGUCGUGAUUUUGCAAGUCUGGGAGUGGCCAAAGUUACUCUGAUCUACAGCGUAAUGCUCACCAUAACUGGAUAUGUGAUGCCACUGGUGGGUUUGUUUCUAUCAUCACAGAGGAUGGUUUCUGUACUCGUGAAAAGAGAGGAGAUGCGUGGGACAUCCUUCCAAAGGCCAGUAAGAAUCGUGAGGUCUGCAGCAAUAAUGUUUCUGGUGCUCUACACACCCAUCCAUAUAAUGAGGAAUGUUCGUCUUGCAUCACGGCUUCCUGAACUAAAUUUUUCACGGUGUAUCAUGGACUACAUCAACGCAGUUUACAUAGUGACACGGCCAAUCGGAUUUGCUCACAGUGCCAUCAACCCUGUGUUUUACUUCCUCAUGACAGACAGCUUUAAAGAAGCACUGCAAGACAAGUGGAAGCAGAUUAAAAGGAUACUAAUGACUGCACCAUAAGCAAGUCUGACCUAUGAAGAAAAGACAGCACUGAUAACAAUUGACUUUAACUGUCAGUUACUUACUGUGGCUUUCAGAUCUUACUGUGGUGUACAUAUUAAAGUGCCUAGAACAGUUUCAGCAUACCCUUGUAUCAAUUUUACUCUAGAACUGUACUGUAAAGAGAGAAGCACCAUUCUUACAAAAGAUCUUUACUUAGUUACAAUGAUGGCGGCAGCAAACAGUGUCUAACAAAUCACUCCAGAAUCUCCCAUUGAAUUUAGAUGAGUUUAGAGCUGGUGACUGUGAAAGCCGUAGCAUAUAAUUUACAUUUUUAUACUCAUUAAACCAUUGUGCCCAUUUUUUUUCUCAGUUA